CACACACACAGGCACUCACACUCACAGGCAGCCACUGCUGCACUGAGAGAAGGAAAACACUAAAGAGAGGUGUAGCUAAAGAGAGGUGGGUUAAAAAAGAAUAAAGAAGAACAAGAACAAGAGACAUUGUUGUUUGUUUUGCCGGCCGGAGUAAUGGAGGUGUGUAGUAGCGUGGUGUUGGGAGGCCUGGUGUUGGUUCUACUGUGGUUGUUGAGGAGACAGAGACAUGUCCGUCUACCCCCCGGACCCCGCGCCCUGCCGCUGCUAGGCAACCUGCCUCAGAUGGACAAACAGGCCCCCUUCAAGACCCUCACCAAGUGGAGUGGUGUGUAUGGGCCAGUGAUGACAGUGUAUUUGGGGCGCCAGCGGGCCGUGGUGCUGGUGGGGUACGAAGCGGUCAAGGAGGCUCUGGUGGACCAGGCUGAGGACUUCAUAGGACGAGCUCCUGUCCCCUUCAUGGUCCGAGCUACCAGGGGAUACGGCCUGGCCAUCAGUAACGGGGAGCGUUGGCGCCAGCUGCGUCGUUUCACCCUGACCACACUGAGAGACUUUGGGAUGGGCCGUAAGAGGAUGGAGGAGUGGAUACAGGAGGAGAGCCAACAUCUCAUAGACAGUCUGGAUGGCACUAAAGCUGUGCCCUUUGACCCCCAGCCCUUCCUGAGUCGCACCGUGUCCAAUGUCAUCUGCUCUCUGGUGUUCGGCCAGCGCUUCGGCUACGAGGAUGACAACUUCCUGCACUUGCUCAACAUCCUCUCAGCCAUACUGCGCUUUGGAAGCACCCCCUGGGGACAGCUCUACAACAUCUUCCCCUGGCUGAUGGAACGCCUGCCUGGUCGGCAGCAAGUCGUGUUCAGCCAGGUGGACGAGCUGAGAGGCUUUGUGAUGAAAAAUAUCCAUGAGCACCAGGAAACCAUGGACCCAGGCAACCCUAGAGACUUCAUAGACUGCUUCCUUACCAAACUCAACCAGGAGAAGGAUGUGUCCUCCUCUGAGUUCCAUUAUGAGAACCUGGUGUCCACAGUGUUGAACCUCUUCCUGGCAGGAACAGAGACCACCAGCACCACUCUCAGAUACGCCCUCAUAGUGCUCAUCAAAUACCCCAACAUUCAGGAGCACAUGCAGCAGGAGAUCGACACAGUCAUUGGACGACAGCGCGUCCCUCAGAUGGAGGACAGGAAGUCCCUCCCCUUCACAGACGCUGUCAUCCACGAGGUGCAGCGGUUCCUGGACAUCGUCCCGUUCAACAUCCCGCACUACGCCACCAAGAAUAUCUCAUUCAGAGGGUACAAUAUCCCUCAGGGCACUGUGAUAAUUCCCAUGAUUCACUCUGUUCUAAGAGACCAGGACCACUGGGCCACGCCCACAACCUUCAACCCUGAUCACUUCCUGGAUCAGAACGGAAACUUCCAGAAGAACCCCGCCUUCAUGGCCUUCUCUGCAGGUAAACGUGCCUGUGUGGGGGAGUCUCUGGCUCGUAUGGAGAUCUUUCUGUUCCUGGUGUCUCUGCUGCAGCGUUUCUCCUUCUCCUGCCCUGGAGGACCUGACAGCAUUGACCUCAGCCCAGAGUUCAGCAGCUUCGCUAAUGUGCCGCGCCGCUACCAGCUCAUUGCUACCCCCCGCUGACCAGGAGGGGGAACUGCAGCUGUACCAUAGGAUGCGCACUCAGGAGGAGGAGGUGGGAAGAUGAGGGGGAGAUCAAAAUCAAAUCAAAUUUUAUUGGUCACAUACACAUAUUUAACAGAUGUUAUUAUUUGCCAGUAAUAUUUACUGCUUUAUAUGAUAUAUUUUCAUUACCAAAAACAAAACAAAAAAAAAACAUUAACUUAAAACAAAAGAUUAAAAAAACAUGACCUUAAGGGGCUCCUUUUUCUUCAUUGAGGGUCUUUAUAAAACUUUGUCAUGGAAUUUGUAAUUAAUUGUUCAAGGAUGACAUGUUCAUGACAAUACAGUAGCGUACAUAAAGAUAGUGUACAUUAGACCUAUUACUUGACAUGUUAACCUCUUGAUGUGUGGGACACAUAUUGCGCUGCCCUAUUUCUCUAAAUGGCUCAGAGAAGCACAUUGAAGGUAUUUUAACAACCACAGCUAAUUCUGUGAUCUGUAACCCUUUUACAGGCCCCUGACAUUGUUAACUUUUUGUUGCAGAUUGGAAAAUCUGUAUCUGUUGUUUGACAAUAUCUGAUGAAAAAAUUAAUAUGAUAUAUAAAUAGGACAACAUAUGUGCUCUUUCAUUCCCAUUUGACUCCAUGUGAACCAAAUAAAAAGUUUGGCCUCC